AUUAAAUUUCAUAAAUCCGGAGAGGCAGGGCGGGGUCCUUUAGAAAUGCUGGAGAUGGCUUCACUCAGGAAGGGGGCGAUCAGGCAACAGGGGAGCAGCUUUCGGGGAGUUAAGAAAGCCGGUGCCACGCAUGUAUAGUUCAGUAAUCUCCGUUUAGCAAGAUUUUAUUUUUUUAAGGCUUUUAAGCAACCCACGUGGCCUGUUAAGAUCGCCUCUGAUAGUCCGAUAGCUCUGGAGAAGCGGAUCGCACCAAUGACGAAGUGCUGCACCGUGCUGUCUGCUCAGGGCAAAAGGGACUUAGUGUUUGAGUCAGUCUCCGUCUGAAGCACCAUCAUUCCGCUUUAGCAGGCUCUGGCUACUUGCUGCUUGCUUCAGACGCCGGGGGAGGCUGUACUACGAAGAACCGUCCUGCGGGUGGAAUAGCGGCGCCCUCUUCUAGUACAAUGGCUGCCUUUCCAAGUCUCAACCUUAUUCUGUCGCUGCUCCCCCUUGUGGCAGCAGUGAAGAACUGCUACCCCGGGUGUCAUUGUGUGGUGGAGAGCUACGGCCUAUUCAGUAGCUUCAGCCUUACUAAAGUGGACUGCAGUGGUGUGAAGCUGGGUACUGGUCCUCUUCCUAUCCCCCUGGACACCGCUUACCUGGACCUGUCCUCGGGCUCCCUGCAUGCCGUCCAGGGCUCCAUGCUGAGAGGACCUGGCUAUACCACACUGGUGGGUCUGGACCUGAGCCACAAUGGCAUCUCAGAGGUGGAGCAUGGGGCCUUCGCCCAGCUGCGGUACCUGGAGAGCCUGGACCUGAGCCACAAUGGGCUGGGGGAGCUGGAGGAGGGCUGGCUCACCAGGCUUCCCUUGGCUGACGUGGACCUGAGCCACAACCGCCUUCGGGAGCUGCAUCUCGGCGCCUUGGCCACUGGCGCCCAUGGCCGGCCCGUCAACGUGGACAUCUCGGACAACCUACUGACCACCGUCACCCGGGAUCUGCGAGCUGCCCCUCCCAACCUGCAGACCCUGAGCCUAGCGAGAAACCGCCUGACGUCCGUGCCCAGUCUCCAUGGCGUCCCUCUCCGGUACUUGAAUCUGGACGGCAACCCGAUCUCCGCCAUCUCCCGGGGCUCCUUCAGCGGGCUCACAGACCUGGUCCACCUGUCCCUCGCUGGACUCUCUGCAUUGUCCGUCUUGCAUCCCCGCAGCUUCGAGGACCUCAGAAGCCUGCAGGUCCUUGACCUGUCCAACAACACCAGGCUCGGGUCACUGGACCCCGAGGUUCUGGUAGAUCUGGUCUCCUUGCAGGAGCUCAACCUGUCCAACUCUGGAGUGACCACUUCGCCUGAGGAGAUCUUGAAGCACUUGCCGAGCCUCAGGACCUUAAUACUAAGUGGCGUUCGGUGCCACAGGACUCAAAGGCUGGGCUCGUUUCACCAGCAUAUGGGAAGGGGGGAGAUGCUAACCUGUGACAGCAUGGGUGUGGUUCUGUGAACCAUCUCCAUCCGGAUGUCCACCCCUUGCAGAGAAAAGGGUGGUCCUGCCCAGCUGGAAGCCGACAGCAGAAUGUUUACUGUUAUAUUUUCCCAAGACUACACUACUAAUUCUGAGACACAGAUCCAGGAUGAUGAACGUUCCAUUUUAGGAAACGUGGGACAUAUUUAUUUAUGCAUUUGUAGAAAAUCAUUUAAAUUGGUAGAAGUUAGUAUUUAUUGUGACAUUUAAAAGUAAAAAAUAGCAUAGCUACAGACGCUCUUUGUUUCACAAGGUGCCUCUGCUGUAGAACAAUGGGAAAGAUUAUUAUAAUUUAGAGCUGGUUGAGAACAUGCAAACAUUCCACUUGGUUUCACUUAAUUUUAAUUUAAGAGUUUGAGUUUGAUCUGCCUAUAGGGGGCAGUCUCUACGCUGGUUGUAAGACGAUCUGUACCUUUUGGCUUGACACAUUCAUCUAUCCUGCGGAUUGCUUUCCAUGCAAUAAGACCAAUGCCCUUGGUUGUUUAUCCAGUUGGUAAUUCAACACGUUUUGAUUAUUUGAGCCGUAGGUGUAGACAAGGCCUUCGGCUUCAAGGACCGUCCGCUAUCAAUCGCAACUUAACACACAGUGCGACUUCUGGACGCUGCACACUUUCAAAUGGAUGUAAAGUGGCCAGCAGUCUUUGCCGGCUCGGUAGAAUGUUUGCGGUGUUGAAAAUGUUCAGAUGCUUUGUCUACCGGGGAAGAGGGCAACGUGAGGCGUCAGUCACCCUGCAAGCUCGUCGUAUUCCGAUCCAUUUGAAUGGGGGGUAGGAAGAGCUUUUGGCAGAGGGGUAAGACGUGCCAGUGUCAUGUGAAUAACAAGAGAUCCAUCAGUCAGUGACAUCAUUCAGAUGCAUCUGUAAACAUGACAUCAUUUAGAUGCAUCUGUAAACAUGACAUCAUCACCGUAACUUUCCAAAAUGGAGUCUAAUAUCUGUCCCCUAAGCAGGAGCAGUAAUAAGUCAUCUCCCGUUUGAACAAAGCAGCACAUCUGUGCAUUUUGUAUCAAAUAAUUCCAGAAGUAUUUUGGUAAAGUUUUAAUGAUGUGCAUUUUUAUGGUGACUUUUUUUCAAUAAAGGAGGUAAAGUUCUUCCUUGUGCACCUUUAUCAUGUUUGAGCCCAGUCUCCAAGGCAUCCUUUUGAGCUGAACUCUCUCCCCCCCCACCCGCUCAACUUUCAAUAGGGAUGAUUCUAGGAUUUAUUAAUUUUUUUUUAGGUUGGGGGUAUAAGAGGGGUCAUCAUUCACACAGCUGGGCUGACCUUAUUAACCAAUGGUAUGUUUUGAAUUGGUGAGUGACAGGGGACUGGGCACUCCAGUGGCCAAUCAGCUUUCAACUCGGGCCUGUGGCCCUGCCCUGGGACCUCAGUGCCUGUUGCUCCAGUACGCGUAUCAUGAUAACACUGAUAAUCAAGAUGCUUUUUACGGAGGUGUGCCUGCUACCAGCUUAUUUCCGCUAUGGUGCCCCACCGUGUGUCAAAGGGCAGGCGUGUACCAGAGCCUGUCUCACCAGUAACAGGCAUCUCCUGAAUGUGAGCAUUCAGGUAUGACCAGCCUGAGUCAGAGAAGUGGAUAUGACUGACUGUGCUGGAAAUGGUAGCCAACAACUCCCAUUAAAGAGCUGGACAUGGAUUUUCGGUUCAUGGUCGACCAGAACUUACAGUAAAGCAGUACGGACCAGCGGUUAAGGAAUACUGGGUGCCUCCCGCCAUGGAGUCCGAUGGGUUUGGUGCUGUGGGUGAAAGGAACGUUGCUCUCCUUAGCAGGGACGGAUUACGGACCGGGCCAGCGGGGCCGCUGCCCAGGGGCCCUUGGGGUGCAGGGGGCCCGUGGGGCCCCUAGCCCAAAACAAUUUGCAACACUUAUCAACAAUGUAUUUUCGUUUGUCUAAUUUAGAGGGCCUACAUUCUUUGAUCCUCUGCCUACAAGGGCCCCUGACCCUAUAGAGAGGGCGUUUGGCUGCCAAGGGCCCUUGAAUUGUGGUGGUUUUGCUGGUGGUGCUGGGGGGCCUCGCGAAUGUUUUGCCCAGGGGCCCACACAGCCCAUAAUCCGUCCCUGCUCCUUAGAACCCCUGUCACUAUAUAUUGCCCCCUGCUGGUCAUGACAAUACUUGAUUGAUAGUUUGAAUUGUACCCAUUAUACUGCAAUCUUGAAUAAGUACAUUAAAGUUCAAUGCAACCCUU